GCCCUCAUCGCCUUCUCAUGUGCAGCCCUCAUCAUCCUUGCCUGCGCAGCCCUCAUCGCCUUCUCAUGCGCAGCCCUCAUCAUCCUCAUCUUCUCCUGCUCCACCCUUAUCUUCACCCCGUGCUGCAUCAACACCUGUGGUUAACUCAUCACAGGCGUCUGAGACCCUCUCAUUAAGGGAGAUAUCCUCUUUGAGGCCAUCAAGAAAAAGACAGUAUUCAGGAAGUGCCGUCUGUGAUACAGACUACAGCGAUGUCACAGACUACAGCGAUGUUGACUACAUACCAAAAAUCAGCUCAGAUGAUUCGGAUGGUAGUUCUUCUGGACAUGACAUGGUCAAAAGUGCUUUGAUACAUCCAACAUCUCCCAAAGAGGCAGGUAGUUUAUCUGAUCAAUGUAUGACCGCACCAUCACCUAAAAAGAUGAAAUGCCAAUCUAAAGAGACAAACACCUUGUCUGGUGAUAAGACUUUUAUUCAGUCAAUGCCAUCACCAAAGCAGCAAUGCAAGACGUACAACAAAAAGCAGUAUUGCCUUCAUUGCUCUAAGCCAUAUUCAAAAAUGGCCAGACACCUUAAAUUUGUCCAUCGCAACAAAGUGGGGGUUGUAAAGGCAGUAGCAUUUCCAAAACAUUCCAAAGAAAGACGAGUCCAGUUAAACCUCCUUAGAAAAAGGGGCAACUUUGCCCACAACACCGAUGUGGUGAGACAAGGACAUGGGGAGAUGAUUGCCUGCUACCGUCCAAAAAAUAGACACAGAGCCAAUGAAUUUAUUCACUGCAUUUACUGCCAAGGGCUUUAUAACAAGCGUAGCCUUUGGAAACAUAUCAAAAACUGUCCCCUGAAACCAAAAAAUGAGGAUGUCCAGGGCAGGAAAAGAGUUCGAUCCCUGUGUGCUCUAAACACACCAAUCGGCUUAGAAGUGAGCAAAGGAUUCAAGAAAGUACUCUCCUUUAUGAACUAUGAUGAAGUUUCGCGUGUAGUUCAUACUGACAGAUGCAUCAUGCAGCUGGGGGAGCACAUGUUCAACAGGAUGGGGUCUGAUGUGACCAAACAUGACUACAUCAGACCGAAGAUGAGAGAAGUAGGCAGACUUCUUCUUGAAGCAAGGAAGAUUACCCCACUGAGAACAAUGGUAGACUUCAUCAUACCAACUAAUUUCAAACAUGUCAUAGCAGCUGUUAAAGUUGUAUCUGGCUACGAUGAAGAGAAAAACUCCUACCGCAUUCCUUCUUUAGCUCUCAAACUUGGCCAUUCUUUAAACAAGAUAUCUAGCAUUGUUGAGAGCAAUGCCAUGAUGUAUGGAGAUCAUGAGCGUGCUGAGUGUGCCCGAGACUUCAGGAAAAUACACCAGGCAAGGUGGAAUGAGUACAUUUCUGCUGGUGCUAUAACUACAUUGAAAGAAGCCAAGUGGAACACACCGCAGAUCAUUCCUUUCACUCAGGAUGUCAAAGUCCUGCACACACAUCUUGAAAAGAAACACAAUGAGCUCCUAAGUAAGCUCAGAUCUUGCCCUUCUGCUGACAGCUACGCUGCUCUAGCCAAGGUCACGCUGUCCCAGGUCAUCCUGUUCAACCGAAGGAGAGAAGGUGAGGUAUCCCGGAUGCUUUUGUCAGCUUUUAAAAGCAGGGAUUCUUCUGAGCUACACGAAGACAUUGCCAUCUGUCUGUCUGAGUUUGAGAGGAAGCUGUGUCUGCACUUCUCAAGAGUUGAGAUCCGUGGUAAACGAGGGAGAAAGGUUCCUGUGCUCCUCAAGCCUUCCAUGGUUUCUGCCAUGGAGCUGCUUGUUGAAACGCAUGUGGAGCAAUGUCUGCCUACAGAGGGGGAGAGUGGAUCAACAAAGCUGCUUGCGAAUGUGGCAUAA